CCCUGGAAGCCACCGUCGAUGCGGAUACUCGUGGGUCACGGCUUAGGCGACGAAUGUCUGCCCACGUGCGCUGGACUUUCGAGUAGUAGCGCCCUCGUCGUGGCAGCAGCUCUGGCCACUGCACGGUGCACUCAACUGCAAAUUGAUCCGUUUACACUAGCAGAGCUGUGUGCCAAAUGUGAACGCUUGAUCGGUACUCAGGGCGGUGGAAUGGACCAAGCGGCCUGCCUACUCGCCAGUGAAUCACCCAUAUUCAUUGAGUUCACAAAACCGAAACUCACAGUGGUGCCAGUGGCUGUUCCACCCGGUGGUUCCUUUGUGAUUGUUGACUCCGGCGUUCGUCUUCACAAGGCGGCAUCUCCGUUGUUCAACCAGCGAGUCAGCGAAUGUCGACAAGCUGUGAAGGUUAGCUUACUUACUGCAACUUUCCCCGCUCUUGAAGAAACCACAGCGUGCCCAACUAUGUGCGGAUACAGAGGGAGCCCUACGGUUUAG